CUGCUAAUAUUACUGUGUCGCUUUUUGUUCUUAAAUAUCUUGUGUAUUUUUGUAGAAGGUGUGAAAAUCACUAAAAUUGUUUAAAAAUGUCAACUGGUAUGCUACAUCUUGGAGGGGCUAGGUCUACUGGACAGCCUGUUCGAACACAAAAUGUGAAUGCUGCUUGUGCAAUUGCUAAUAUGGUAAAAAGUUCAUUGGGCCCAAUUGGAUUAGAUAAAAUGCUUGUUGAUAAUAUUGGGGAUGUUACGUGCACAAAUGAUGGUGCAACUAUUCUAAAAAUGCUUGAAAUUGAACAUCCAGCUGCUAAAGUUUUAGUUGAAUUGGCUGAACUGCAAGAUAAUGAAGUUGGAGAUGGUACAACAUCUGUUGUACUUAUUGCAGCAGAGCUCCUUAAAAAUGCUGAUGAAUUAGUAAAAUGCAAAAUUCAUCCUACAUCAAUUAUAAGUGGAUACAGGUUGGCUUGCAAGGAAGCCUGUAAGUAUAUACAGGAACAUUUGACUAUUAGCACUGAUGAAUUGGGAAAAGAAAGUAUUAUCAAUGCUGCAAAAACUUCUUUAUCUUCAAAAUUGAUUGGAGCUGAAAGUGAUUUUUUCGCAAAUAUGGUUGUUGAUGCAGCUAUGGCAGUUCGAGUCACUGAUGGAAAGGGUGGAUAUCUGUAUCCAAUUAGGGCUGUAAAUGUUUUGAAAGCCCAUGGGAGAAGUUCAACUGAAAGUCUUCUUAUUAAUGGAUAUGCUUUAAAUUGUACUAUCGCUUCUCAGGCUAUGCCAAGGUCAGUUUCACCUGCUAAGAUAGCUUGUAUAGACUUUUCUCUUCAAAAAGCAAAAAUGCAUCUUGGUGUUCAGGUUCUGAUUACUGAUCCUGAAAAGCUGGAUGCUAUUCGACAAAGGGAAGCUGAUAUUACAAAAGAACGAAUCCAGAAGAUCUUAGCUGCUGGAGCUAAUGUCAUCCUUACUACUGGGGGUAUUGAUGAUUUGUGUUUGAAAUAUUUUGUUGAAGCUGGGGCAAUGGCAGUACGUAGAUGCAAAAAACAAGAUUUAAAAAGAAUUGCUAAAGCUACAGGAGCCCAGUUUCUUCCAAGUCUGGCUAAUUUAGAGGGAGAAGAAAGUUUUGAUGCAUCUAUGUUGGGAGAAGCUGAAGAAGUUACACAAGAACGUAUCUGUGAUGAUGAACUUAUCUUAAUUAAAGGACCCAAAGCUCGAUCUGCAGCUUCUAUCAUAUUGCGUGGAGCAAAUGACUAUUAUGUGGAUGAAAUGGAAAGAUCUGUCCAUGAUUCAUUAUGUGUUGUUAAAAGAGUAUUGGAAUCAAAAUCUGUUGUUCCUGGUGGUGGAGCUGUUGAAGCUGCAUUAUCUAUUUAUUUAGAAAAUUUUGCAACAUCAUUAAGUUCUCGAGAACAAUUAGCAAUUGCAGAGUAUGCCAAGAGUCUUUUAGUCAUACCUAAAACUUUGGCUGUUAAUGCUGCAAAGGAUGCUAGUGAUCUUGUAUCUAAACUAAGAGCAUACCACAACAGUUCCCAGACAAAGCCCGAACAUGCUGACUUAAAAUGGGUUGGAUUGGAUUUGUAUGAAGGCACUGUUAGAAAUAAUAAAAAGGCUGGUGUCCUUGAACCUGCUAUUUCUAAGAUCAAAUCACUAAAGUUUGCAACUGAAGCUGCUAUUACCAUUCUUCGAAUUGACGAUCUGAUUAAACUUGCUCCCGAAGAGAAAGAUCCUAGACAUGAUGACUAAGGAAUAUAUCUUAUUCAUUUAUUAACCAAUUGGACAAUAACUUGCCAUUCAACUUCAACACAUUUCUGUGCUAACACAUAAAAAAAAUAAAUGCUGUGCAUUGCCUGUUUUCAUCUUAACAACUUUGGAGGCUUCUUUUUUUUACUUUAUUUCCAUGCUGAAUCAUACUUAUCCCUUGUGAUAUAAAAUGAUCAAUAAAUGUUUCUCUUUAAUA